AUGCAUCAAAUUAUGCAAGAAUAUUCAUUUGCACUCGAAUGCUAUACAAAGACGCUUGAGAUUCAACAAAAAAUACUUCCUCCUCAUCAUCCUGACUUAGCUACUAUAUAUAAUAAUAUUGGCAUUCCAUAUGAAUCAACGAAAGAAUAUUCAACAGCACUUGAAAACUAUCAACCAGCUUUGAAAAUUCAUGAGAAAACUUUACUAACUAAUCAUCCUGACAUCGCUGCUAUUCAUACUAGUAUAGCAACUGCAUUUGUUGGUUUGGAAGAUUUACAAAAAGCUAUCGACUAUGAACAACAUGCUGUUGAUAUUGCCAGUCAAUGUCUUGCACUUGAUCAUCCUGAUUUACAAACUUUUAAGAACUAUCUUCAACGAAUUCAGAUUAAAAUAGAAUCCAUUCAAAACAAACAUGCAUUAAUUAUUGAUGUUAAUUUUAAAGCAACUACUAUGCCUUAUUUAUUAUAA